AUGUCCUCCUCCAUCAAAAUUGAAUCUGUCGUGAAGGAGAAGACCAGGAUGGGAGAAUGCCCAGUCUGGGAAGAAAGGGAAACCGCACUUGUCUAUGUAGACAUUAACUCACAGAAAGUUUGCCGCUGGAGCCCACUCAGCAACGAGGUGCAGAGCGUGUCCGUGGAUGCCCGUGUUGGCUCGGUGGCACUGCGGCAGUGUGGGGGCUAUGUCAUCGCCCUUGGGACCAGGUUUGCCUUUCUGGACUGGGACACCCAGGCAGUCACUACCAUCCUUGAGCUUGAGCAGGAUAAACCCAACAACAGGUUCAAUGAUGGGAAAGUGGAUCCAAAGGGGAGGUUUUUUGCUGGUACGAUGGCUGAAGAAACGGCACCAGGGGUCCGAGCAAGGCAUCAAGGCGCUCUCUAUACCCUUUACCCCAACCAUUCAGUAAUAAACCAGUUAGACCAGUUGGACAUCUCCAAUGGUCUCGAUUGGUCCCUGGACCACAGGACCUUUUUUCACAUUGACAGCCUGGCAUACGCUGUGCAUGCCUUCAGCUAUGAUGUGCACACUGGAAAGAUUGGCUGCCCCAAACUUUUGUACCAUCUAGAAAAGGAGGAGCAAAUGCCUGACGGGAUGUGCAUAGAUGCAGAAGGGAAGCUCUGGGUGGCCUGUAUUGAUGGUGGGAGAGUCAUUCGUCUAGACCCAGAGACAGGGAAAAGAAUCCAAACUGUGAGGCUGCCUACUCCGAGGAUCACCUCUUGCUGCUUUGGUGGAAAAGACUACUCGGAAAUGUAUGUGACUUCUGCAUAUGAUGGACUGGAUGAGACCACCUUAGCCAAGGAACCUCAUGCGGGAGAGAUUUUCAAGAUAACAGGCCUGGGUGUGAAAGGGAUCCCACAGAAUUUCUAUGCUGCUUGAACACUGAUGCUGAAUAGCAAAGAAGAAAUGCUUGCAUCUUGUAGUAAUUCUGACAAGGAGAAGUCCAAUGAGCUACAGGAUUUAUCUGUGUGAGGAUUUCCAAGCCCACAUUUGGGAGCAUGCUUGUUUGGAAUUGAAGAUAUUCCAUCUUCUGUGGGCCCAUGGUUGAUGCAAUAGGUUAGAGAGGUAAAGUUAAUCUGUGUUACACCUCGAUAGCUUUUGUGACUUUCCAUAAACUUCUUCAAGCUCGAGCUUAGUUUUGUUGAACUUUCUGAUGACCAGCUCUGGAUUUUCAAGUUUGUGUGGUUCUCAAAGCAGAAUCUGACUCCUGGUUUGUCUUUGCAUGUUACAGUGAUGUGCUGGCAGUGAUAUGGAAGAUUUUAAUAAACAUUUUAAGAGUAAUGACUUGAA